GAAAUACCUCCUUCCCACUCCACAGCCAUGAAUUCCUAUGUCAACUGCUCCAGCCCUGAGUUCCCUCUGCCCCAGCAAGACUUUCAUGUGGAGCCCAUCGGCCCUCAUCUCUGCAACAGGACUCACCCACAGACCUUGUUCGACCCCAAGGAUGCCAACCUGACUGAGGAGCAGCUGCGAGAUAAGUACCUGGGACCUCGACGGUCCAGCUUCUUUGUCCCUGUCUGUGUCAUCUACCUUCUGAUCUUCGUGGUGGGGGCUGUGGGCAACACGCUCACCUGCAUCGUCAUCCUCCGUCACCGGUUCAUGAGGACACCCACUAACUACUAUUUGUUCAGCCUGGCCGUGUCUGACCUGCUGGUGCUGCUGCUGGGGAUGCCACUGGAGCUGUAUGACCUGUGGAGCAACUACCCCUUCCUGCUGGGCACCAGUGGCUGCUAUUUCAAGACGCUGCUCUUCGAGGCUGUUUGCUUUGCCUCCAUCCUCAACGUCACAGCCCUGAGCGUGGAGCGCUACAUCGCCGUGGUGCACCCGCUCAAGGCCAAGUAUGUGGUGACCAGAAACCACGCCAAGAGGGUCAUCAUUGCCAUCUGGCUCUUGUCAGUCAUCUGCUCCAUCCCCAACACCAGCCUCCAUGGGCUGCAGCCUCUCUACGUGCCUGGCCGGGGGUGGGUGCCUGAUUCCGAGAUCUGCACCCUGGUGAAGCCGCGCUUGACCUACAACCUUGUCAUCCAGAUCACCACCAUCAUCUUCUUCUUCCUGCCCAUGGGGACCAUCAGCAUCCUCUACCUGCUCAUUGGCCUGCAGCUCAAGAAAGAAAAGAUGCUGGAAGCCUUGGGAGCCAAGUCCAGUGGUGGCCACAACUGCCACAACACCCAGGGGCAGAAGAAAGUCAAGAGGAGGCAGGUCACAAAGAUGCUGUUUGUGCUGGUGGUGGUAUUUGGGAUCUGCUGGGCUCCUUUCCACACCGACCGCCUUGUCUGGAGCUUUGUCUCCACCUGGACCAGCCACAUGCUCCACAUGUUCCAGUACGUCCACAUCAUCUCGGGUGUCUUCUUCUACCUGAGCUCGGCCGCCAACCCCAUCCUCUACAACCUGAUGUCCACCCGCUUCCGGGAGAUGUUCAAGGAGGUGAUGUGCCACCCUGGACACCGCUUGCCACAGUCAUGGAAAUACUCGCCCAGUGUCACCCGUGCCACCACCCGCAGCACAGAGUGUGAGCCCAUGCCUGGCACCAACGGGCUGCCCCUCUCUGAUGCUGAGGAGUUAGAGCUGGAGGAGGUGGAAGGGGGCCAGUCGACCACCCACACAACAUCCCUCUGCUGAAGAGUGAGAGGACAUGGGGGGACUGGG